UACUUCAACACUGACACGUUUCCUGUACAGCCACAGUCUCUCUCCAACACCUCCAACAUGGGCAGCCAAAGAAAAGACAGCUUCCUCUGGGGAAAAGGUAAGGUUUUUACGUUUUACAGUCCAUUUUGCAAUUUAACAUCCCUAAUUAGGCUAUAGUAGCUGGGGAUUAACACAAUGAACAACACAUUAGUGUCUUUCUGUAAGAUGAUGAAGUUUUGAAGUGUCAGUAGACAAUGGGGGGUUGAGCUGUUGCUGUGAAUAUCUUACUUGAGAAAGGAAAUUGAAACACACUAAUAAGAAAGUGUAAUGAUAUAGUACCUGUCUUCACAAUAGAUACCCACUACAGUCUACAGUAAAUAUUGUGCUUUCAGUCUCUUUACCAUGACCUACAUACACUGUGUUAUAAAGUCAGCAGUGUUCAAUGGAUACAAGUGGUUUGUUUUGAUCACUUUUACCACGGUGAUGAAUGUUAUUCAGUUUAUUAUAGCACCACCUGACUUUAUAGAGGCAUAUUGUUGUCAUAUAGCCUUCAUAUACCUCAAGUUCUCAUUACUGACUAUCAAGUAACGUCCAGAGGUGUUGCUCUCGGUAUAGUGUUCACAAAUCUAAUUGUCAUGGUAGAUGGAGUUUGGCAAUGUUGUAUUAUCUAGUUAAUGUUGUAUUGUCUAGUUAUAAUGUUGUACUGUCUAGUUUUAAUGUUGUACUGUCUAGUUUUAAUGUUGUAUUGUCUAGUUAUAAUGUUGUACUGUCUAGUUUUAAUGUUGUAUUGUCUAGUUAUAAUGUUGUAUUGUCUUGUUUUAAUGUUGUAUUGUCUAGUUAUAAUAUUGUAUUGUGUAGUUAUAAUGUUGUAUUGUCUUGUUAUAAUGUUGUAUUGUCUAGUUAUAACCUGAAAAGGGAGUAAUGAAUAUGUAUUUUAGGUGUGUCUAUAACCCUCAUCUAAAAACGGUGAGAAGCUGUUAUGAGGACAAGACUAGAGCAGAUCAGCUACUAAUGGACAUUACUGGUGUUCAUUCUGUAGAAGAGAAGUUCAGCAGUUAUAUUUAGCUAGUGCUGAGAAGUGCAGUAGGUUGAGUUAUGCUAGGGUUGGUGUGAGGGUGGUUGUCAAGGCAAAUUUCUGACACCUUUGAUAUUUUCAGUGUAUACAGGAAGAUGUCUCAAUUAGUGGUUUUGUCGGACUGCUUCGUUUAUGCAUUUGAUGUUAAUGAUGUUUUCAUCUGUGUGUUUAUGUUUGUGUGUACAAUCUAUUCUACAGCUUCCACAAUGCUUAGCUCAGUGGAGAGGCAGGAGAUAGACACCAUGAAGUUACACAAGAGUGACCUAUUAGAUGACAUUCAGGUACAGUAAAUCAUGCUCUCAACCAUUGCUCUUUAUGUACAGUCAAAAUGCUUUAUAAAACUGCAUUUUGCCAGAAUAAAACUAACUGUAUUGUGACAUUACCUACAACAUAUAUUACAUUCACAAAGCCUCCCUCAAAAGUUAUGACAUCUCAGAAAGGUCCAGUUUUAUGAAUAGACUGACCCUGCACCUCUGUACUGUAUGGACCAAGGGAUUGAGUCACCUAUGGUUAAAAUAGCACAUAUUACCAUCUCAUCCAUUUGACAUCAUUUCCCCUUGUGUAGAAGCUGAGGUUGGAGAUUGACAGCGUCAUGACGGAAAUCCACAACAUUGAGGCGGACGAGGAGAAGUAAGUUAGAGCUUGCACAAUGGCUCAUUCAGAUAGGUUACCAUUGACCAGUAGGCCUCUUCCUCUGUGGGAGAGUAAGCUACAGUAACACUUUGCAGUGUGUGGUAGCUUCUUUUGAAUCUAUCACAGCCCAAACACCAGAUCAACAAUACUUCCUGACAUCCAUCUUGACAAAGAGGCCCCUCCCACAUCUCUGAUGUCCUAUCCCUCCCUAACUCAAACUAAGAAAGGUAUGGAGGCAUAGCCGCGGGAAGUAGUGGAGCAGAGGGUGCUGCACCCCAUGAAACCCCCCCCCCCCCCCCCCCCCACUGUGGUCACCUCCUCAUCCUCAUAAGUGGCAUCUGGGGGCGUUGUCCUACAGAACAAGAACAGAUUCUGCCCCCCCAUCUGUAAGGCCCCUCUGUAUAUGUGUGUUUCCUGUUUCUUCACUAGCAGCUACAGGAAUGUGGUAAACCUCUUAAAUGUCAGCAGCAUGAAAUACUGUGACAUGUUCCUGGCAGGACAACCCCAGCUGCCUUCACUCUCACUGUGUGUCAUCUCUGAUACAGUGGACACAUACUGUAGCUAGUAUAACACUUAUGGGUAAAAGUGUUGUCAUUAACCUUUUUCAAUCUUUCUUCUGUUUUGUCUUUGUCUCUCUUCAGCAAAAAUGUUGUGAGAAACAAGAGGUUCUUAUGUGGGAAAAAGAAAUUCAACAUGGACCCUAAAAAGGUGAGCUCAUGUCACGCACUGUAAUUAGGGCCCUUAGUUCUUCCUGGUUCUCUGGUUAGGACAAAGUCAGGUCCCUACACAUAACAUCAACUGUAUAUAACAUUACUCAAUAUGGAAUACACUAAACACAAAUACAUACUGAUCAGAUAUGUCCCGAAAUGUGAAGUGCUUCAAUUCUAGAAUGGAAGUAGUAGAGAUGUGUAUAGUUAUCACCUCUACUGACGGAGGCUUGCCACAGCUAGAAGGUCAAAUAGUUAACUGCAAGAUGACAGAGCAAAUAAUCUGACACAAUAAAUGAACGAAUGUUGAGCGAGUGAUGUGACUUAUGUGCAGAAGUGCAAGCUGUGCGGGGGCAGCGAGAGGGGGAGAGAAAGAGAGAGAGAACCACAUCCUGUUCCGUGAAGAGGAGCGGAGGCGCACACUCCUGCUCAAACCACAAACACUCCUCCUUUCCUCUCAUCUGAAGAGAGGUCAAACCCAUAAUAUAAAGUCCCCCUGGCCUGUAUGACCACCCUGGAGAAAAGCCUGUGUUUGGGUUUGUGCAGAGGCAAGAGAUCCAGUCAAGGGUUUCUUUAGCUGGAAGCUCUGCAUUGUUUAGAUAUAAUAAUAUAUAUUGCUUCCAGUGGCUCUCUCUGAAUGUCAGACAAUGCAUACAGAAUGUUCAUAUGUGCAUGACCACUACUGCACAUUACAGUGCUUUGGACCUCAUUAUGAUUUCUGCUCUUUUUUAUUUUAAGUAUACGUCAAUGCAUUCAUAUCUUCCAAAUUCAUACAUGUGUUCAUUGACUUGUCAUGGCCUCUUCCUCCAGGGUAUUCAGUACCUGGUUGACAAUGACCUGUUGGAGUGGACAGCAGAGGCAGUGGCUGAGUUCCUAUACAAAGAGGAAGGACUGAACAAGACAGCCAUAGGGAACUUCCUGGGAGAGAGGUACACAAUGCUUCUUAACAUGACCAAGAUAAUGAUGGCUUUGUUGAUGGGGAUAAUGAUGACUAUCAUAACCAGUCAUUAUCUCAAUCAUCUCCAUCUCACUGAUUUGCCUCUUGUUUGUGUUCAUGCAGGGAGGAAAUGCACCUUCAAACUCUGAAAGCCUUUGUAGAACUUCAUGAGUUCUCCGACCUGAAUCUGGUGCAGGCACUGAGGUUAGUUCUGCACUACACUGGUACAGCUUUUACACUCAUACAUCAACAUAUUCUCAUUAUUAGCCUUUGAAAGAUAUUCAUUUCCAGAGUAAAUCCUGUCUGAUCCCUGUCUGUUCCCUGGCUCAUCCCUGUAGGCAGUUCCUGUGGAGUUUCCGUCUCCCUGGAGAAGCCCAGAAGAUUGAUAGGAUGAUGGAGGCAUUCGCUACACGCUACUGUGACUGUAAUGCAGGGGUCUUCCAGUCAACAGGUACUGUACAGUACUGUACUGCACAGGCACCAGCCUCCUCUACCAUGCUGCUGACUCCCAACACUGACAGAUCAGCAAGACAGAUGGGGAGGGGGUUGAGGAGUACAUUUUGAGGCAUAUUCAAAUCAUUUCUCAAAAGUGAGGCUGAUUAAGGAUGCAAAUAAAUAUCAUUGACCCAACAGUAAUAAAAUGUGUGGGUGUUUCAAACAGACACCUGCUACAUCCUGUCCUUUGCCGUCAUCAUGCUGAAUACCAGUCUCCAUAACCCCAACGUGAAGGACAAGCCCACUCUGGAGCACUUCUUCAGUAUGAACAGAGGCAUCAACAAUGGGGGUGACCUGCCCAAUGACCUGCUCAUGGUGAGGCCUCAGGGGUCAGAGGUCAGGAGUUAACUCCACUCUCAGAAUGUGACUCGUAUUUGGUUGUUAUUGUCUGUAGCUGUAGUUAACUCUCAUAUACUACCUCAUUAAAUCCAGAAACUCUAUGAGAGCAUUCGGAACGAGCCAUUCAAAAUCCCAGAGGAUGAUGGGAACGACCUCACACACACCUUCUUCAACCCGGACAGAGAGGGUUGGCUGCUCAAAAUGGGUGAGAUGAUUAGCAAUAUCACUAGCUGAGAGAAUUGUCUUAUCAUUGUGCCAUUACCAAGCAUUAAAAAUAAGCUUACCACUGUAAGGUUCUGUAUUUAUUUUCUUAGUUCACAUUGUGUUCUUGAACGUAGCCCUGUUUCUUUGUGUUCUUGAACGCAGCCCUGUUUCUUUGUGUUCUUGAACGUAGCCCUGUCUUUCAUUUUUGUUCCUUGAUUUCACCUGUGUUAGUUACUCACCUGGUCUCAUCAGCUCCUUAUUUAGUUCAGUUCUUUCUGUUUGUGCUUUGUGAGGUAUUGUUCGUUUUGACUCUACUAAGCCUUUUCCUAGCUUGUUUGUGAGAACCAGUUUUAGCCUUCAGUCCUAGUUUUGUUUCACCUGCCUGUUUGCCUACCUGUGUAUGACCAUUGCCUGCCUGUGACCACGAUUCCUGCCUUCUGCGAAGGCGUGAUAAACACCUGCCGCGCUCUGCGUAAUAAACACCUGCCGGGCUCUGCGCGUGAAUCUACACCUUUCUCCCUGAGUAUUCAUUACAGAAUACCUCACCAAAAACGGAAUGGAUUCAGCGGAGCUACAGUGGCGCCUAACCUGGCAAGAGGAGCGUAUGGAGGUAAUCGGCCAUCUUCUCUGCCAGCCUAUCUCUACUCCUCCGAUGCCAGCUAUCGUAACCCAUAGCCCUCCUUCAUUCAUAUCCAUGCCUGGAAAAUAUGACGGUUCACCUGGGAAAUGUCAGGGAUUUCUGAUGCAAUGCAGCAAAUACAUUGAGCACAACCCCACUAACUUCGCCACCGACAAGAGCAGGAUGGAUUUUGUUGUGUCUCUACUCACAGUCAAAGCCCUGGAUUGGGCCACCGCCAUAUGGACUGCCAACAGCACAGAACUCGGAUCCGAGACCCAUUUCCACACCCUCUUCAAAGAGGUAUUCGAUCACUCUAUUUCCGGUCGUCCUAUAGGGGACCUCCUCAUAGACCUUCAACAAGGACGCAAUUCAGCUGCCGUGUGUGCCCUCGAGUUCCGCACCAUGUCUGCAGGGAGUGGAUGGAGUGAGGCUGCUUUACUUACCGUCUACCUUCAGGAUUUAAAUCAAUAUAUUCGUAUGUCCAGCUCCAUCGACCACCUCAUCACCGACCACCGAAGAACUCUGCCACCCAGGAACCCGAAACCUUCUCUUUCCAUGAUCCCGUCUGAGUCUUCCAGAGCCCAUGCAGUUGGGUCAUGCUCCUCUCCCAUGUAUCGAACGUCAAAGGCGGAUCCAAGAAGGGCUCUGCCUAUACUGUGGAGGGAAAGAUCAUCUACUCAGCCAUUGCCCUGUUCGCCCCCCCAUGGAGAGAUGAGAAGGGUCCCUCCGCUGCCAUGCAGGUAGGCGGGUCCGUAUUUCUAAAUAUCUCCCAGAAGCAAUUCUCCAUCCCAGUAUUAAUAACCGUGAAGGGGGUUACGAAGUACGUAGAGGGCUUGCUAGAUUCGGGAGCAGCAGGUAGUUUUAUUGAUCACCAGCUAGUACAAGAGCUUGACAUUGAUCUUACACCUGUCACCCCUCCUUAAAGGAUUAACACCCAGACGGGCAGCCAUUGGGCACGGGCUUCAUUACUCACCUGACACCGAGCGUUACCCUCCAGAUUGGAGUCUUCCACACCGAAACCAUUAAACUCAUGGAACUCUCAUCCCCCAAACAGCCACUCAUCCUCGGACACCCCUGGCUUUGUUGUCACAACCCUGCCAUCUCGUGGCGACAAGGUGAACUACUGUCCUGGUCUUCUACCUGCUUCACCAGUUGUCUCAGCCUACCCUGCAGAGCCACCACCAUUGAGGACUCUGCCUCUGCAGUGCCACCCACCAUACCAUCUGAAUACGCCCAGUACAGCAAUGUCUUCAGCAAAAUCAAGGCCUCCACUCCGCCACCACAUUGCCCAGAGGACUGUGCUAUUGACUUACUCCCUGGAGUGUCCCCACCGAAGGGCCGUGUUUACCCCCUACCUAUCCCGGAAAAUGAGGCAAUGGAGAACUACAUGGACGAAUUAAACCGUUUGAGUAAUUCAUCAUUCUUCUCCGGCUGCGUCCAGCUUCUUCUUCGUUGGAAAAAAGUGCGGUGGUCUUCGUCCAUGUAUUGAUUACCGUUCCCUGAAUGACAUUACGGUCAAGAACUGUUUCCCUCUUCCUCUGAUCCUAGCGACCCUUGAACAAGUGGGCCACGCCAACAUCUAUUCAAAACUCCAAAAAACCCGGACCCUUCAAUGAACUGAUACUGCACUGACUGCUUUCAACACCUUGAAACGCCUCUUCGCCUCAGCUCCUGUUUUUCUCCCUGAGUAGUCAUUACAACCACACAAUGAUCUGAUUUCCUUUAUGGCGCGUGUUGGAUGUAGAAUUGUCUGAUUAAACUUUUCAUUUGUGUAAUGAAAUGUUAACUUUUCCUCUCUGCAGGAGGAAGGGUGAAAACAUGGAAGAGGCGGUGGUUUAUUUUGACAGACAGCUGUCUGUACUACUUUGUGUAUACCACAGUGAGUAUGCUAUACCCCCAACUUUGUCAUAGAGUUUUCCAGUAAUGGAAUUUAGGAUAAAAGAUGGUAGUAGUUACUGCUAAAUUAUAGUCCUUGACCAAACCAUCUCUCCUCCUCCCACAGGAUAAAGACCCCAUAGGGAUCAUUCCCCUUGAGAACCUCUGUGUAAGAGAGAUAGAAGACUCAAUCAAACAGGUACUGUGUAUUCCACUGACUGCAUAUUUCUUUCUGAGGUUUAUGGCAGUGCCACCUGUUCUAUGAUGUUUCAGUCUCAUAGCUACUCUCUUAGCUGUCACGGCACUGUAUGACUCAUAGUAUCAGUUCUGUAUGAGGAAGGAAGGGUUUAACUGGAAGAUUAGGAGUAAUUAGACCAAUACACUAUGGGAUCAUUUCUUUUUUGGAAAAAAGUAAUUUGGCUUGGGUGUGUGUUUUGUGAACAUUUGUAUGCAUGUGUGUGCUUCUUUGUGAGCAGAAUUGUCUUGAGAUCUACAACCCCAGAGGGCAGAAGAUCAAGGCGUGCAAGACAGAGAACGGAGGCAGGGUGGUGCAGGGGAAACACCAGUCCUACAGGAUGAGUGCCGCCACAGCAGAUGAGAGAGAUGACUGGAUAGGCUCCAUCAGGUCAGAUACCUCAACCCAGGCUUAACACAUACCUGUACUACACAUAUACACUUCACAAAUGACUUGGCUUGUAAUGCUGGCACCAGGCCACACCUGGCAAUCAAUGGGAUGAAGUGAACUUGAUGAUGAUUUGGACACUUGGCUUAUUUUUCUCUCUGUCUUUCCCUCAGAGCAAGUAUCACCAAGGACCCCUUCUACGACCUGGUGUCAUUGCGCAAGAGGAAAGUCAUCAACAACAACAAUGCUUCACAGGACUGAGUCAUCAGACAUGAUAUAAAGCAUAAUGGGAAAUGAGUCCGGUAAUGGUCUGUAGAGGUCUGUCUCCGUAACAGCCAGUUUGUUGAAAUGCUUGGAAAUGAUGGACUGGUCCAAGUAAAUUGACAUGGUACAGAUUACAAUGCUGUACAGUACAGCAUUAGUGCAAUACUGUAACUCAGACAUGUUACCCAAAAUGAAAAAAUAGAAUUGUGACCUGUAUGUGGUUUACAGCUGUCAAACCAGAAACUCCCCAUACCUCAUACUGUAGGUCAAAUGUAAUGGUUCAAAUUAGAGUCGCUCAGUCUGUUAAAUUACUAGUAAUUUAGAAAGUGAUUUCUGUCAUUAUUUCUUAGAAAUAAGAAGUUAGAAGCAUGUGGGAGCGAAUCAGUUGUACUGAAAAUGAGUUGCAAACCAAAAUAAGUGUGUAGCACUGUAAGAAUAAUGCAUCAUUCUAUAAGGACAGAUUUGAACAUAUCGUUGAUAAAAUGUUGUUUUAUAUAGUUAUAGUUGUUUCUGUACAGGAAGCAUAGAACAAAGGGAACAUCACGUAAACAUUACGGAAAUGCAGCACCUUUUCACCUUGCAUCAGGCUCAGCAAUUUCAGUUCUUAGAAAACCUCUGCACUACUAGCCAUUUCCUCUCACAAGGGUAUAGAAUUAGUGUUACGUGGACACAACUUCAACACUGAUUCAGUGUUGUGACGUUAUUUAAUUGUCUUAAAUGCAUUGUAUUCAUAUUUUUUUAAGUAUGUAUUUAUUUUUCAACUCAUAACAUACGUAUUUUGUAAAUACUGUAUUAUAAUAGGAAGUUAUUUUGCACAUUGCCUUUUAAGCACAGACAGUGAUAAUACAAAUGUCCGUAAACAUGCCUUAAUAAUGUUGAAUGAAUAAUACAUACAUAUUUUAUUAUAUUCAAAUAUGUGUGUACUUCUUUCACAACAGAUGACAGAUUAUAAUUACAUCAAACUGACCUAAAAAGUGGGCCUAAAGACCUUUCUCUUUAGCAAGGCUUUAUGUUGAUAGCGGUGCUCCUUGGUGUCCUUGUUCCUUGUAGUGUCAGCUGUGUUCUUUGUAUCAGUUUCCCUGUCUAGUUUAUUUUUAUUUUUUAUUAUGCACUUUGAGAUUAUUCUGU